AUGCCCCCUUCUCGCCAACGUGUACGCCGUUCUGCACGCUUGAAAGCCAACCCUCUAGUGCGCUGCUCCAGGUCGAUGGACGACGAAGGUCCAAACACUCGUGGACCAGCCAAACCCCCUCCAGAACAGCAUGUACCCCGCCUGACUAUCCAGUGGCAGAGCGUGUUACGGACUAGGAGCGACCGUGCUCUUACCGACAUCCUCGUCAACCAUCUCUCCACGCACCCCGCCGAUUGCAGAGUACUUUUCUACUCUGACGGCAAGAAAGCGAUGUCUGCCGUCGAUGAUGGUGCCUCGGGCUCGGACAAGGGGCAGGUGUAUGGUACCCUGGCCAAACUUAUUUUCACCGACCAUCCGAGGUACGGUCACGCGUUCGCCACCAACGCAAAGAAGUUUCGUGACGGAGUCUGCAACUGCAUCCAAACGGGGAAAUACAAGAAACUCAAGGCAUCUUUUGACAGUACUGGCGCUGGUGUGAUGCCUGGUGAAGGCACGCAAAUGAGAAAUCUUUUGGAUGCAGCGCUCUUAGAGCUCCCAUGGUAUACGGAACUGGAUGCCAUUUGGCAUUCCAAUCCGUCCAUGGCCGCGAAGACUCACUCAUCAAGACCUGGCGUCGAUCACGCCGGCGCGUUAUAUUCCUUGGUUGGACCACAUGCUGGGGCUGGUCCCCCCAUGCAACUUGACACCAGUGCCGGUCCCCCCAUGCACAUUGAUGCCAGCGCUGGUCCCAUGCAGUACCCUCAACCGCCUCCUCAAGUAUAUCCCCCGCACGAUAUCCAUCCUUCCAGCACUCCGCCCUCGCAUUACGACCAGCACUACUAUUCCCCAGCAAUGCCUUAUGCUGGGGGUUCACACGGUGAUCCCUCCAUCGAUCCAACACUGCAACAUCCUGCUCCUGCUCCCGCAUUACCCUCCACUGGCCCUUUGCCCUCCACUGGCCCUUUGCCCUCCGCUGUCCCCUUACCCUCCGCUGUCCCCUUACCCUCCGCUGUCCCCUUACCCUCCGCAGCCCCCUACAAUCAGUCCCCCCAAAUCCAUCUCCCUGGCCUUCCAACAUCAGACGAUGACAUGGACAUGGACAUGGACUUUCAAGGCACCGGUGGCCCAUUGGAUGCCCCCCUCGAAGGUGACAAGAGGGCCGAUAACUCUUCCAAAGCCGCUGGGAAGAAGCGACAACUUCCGUCGCCGUCUCCCCCUCCUGAUGUUCCUGCCGUUCCCGACGCUCCCGAACCUUUCCACAUGCCAACAGCAUCCCCAUCGUCUGUCUACAACAGCCGCUCGGUGUUUGGCCUGAAGAAGCCACCGAGCCGCGGUAGACACCGCAGGCUGCCAUCGGAUAUCUCUUUCAGCACAUCAGCGCCUUCAUCCACGACACGCAAUACUACCUCGUCGUUGGACUACCUGAUGUCCUCGACCCCCCAGACCUCGCUUCCCAACAGCGCCGGUGGCUCGAAGAAGAAGAAAGCGAAGUCAGAUGUGACGCAGCAGGUUGAGGAGGUGAAGGACGAGAUAGCGUCGAUGCAAUCCGACGCGAUGUCACGCCACGACCACAAGCACCUUCGCUUUCUCGCGAAGCUCGAGGCGAAGACCGAGCACACCCGCGACAUCAAGAAGUACGAAUACCUUCGCGCCGCCCGCGAACAUGAGACUUUCCAGGCUACCGUCAGCCAUCAGCGUCUGCAGGAGUCGAAGGAUAGCGAGAUCCGCCUUCGUGAGACCGACAUCCGAGUCUACAAAGCGCAUUCGCUUGUGCUCGACAAGGAGGCAGAGACCCUUCGACUCAAGAUCCAGUUUCAGCAAAUGAUGCAGGCGAGCAAGGGCCCAUCAUCUGAUGGAGUUGAGUGA